UUUUAUUAUAAGAGAACAAGAGAGACAUAUACAUCUCUCUCCAAAAUAUACUAUUCCCCAUAUUAUAAUAAUAUAUAAUAUUACCACACUUCUUCUUAUAUAAACCUAUUUUCUCUGUUUUGCUUAAUUAUUUUCCUAAGAAAAUCUAUAUAUAAAUAUAUCAAAAAGAAAGAAGAAGAAGAAGAAGAUGAUGAUGAUGAGUAGCAGUAGUAGUAAUAGAAGCAGCAGUUGCAUAAGCAUGGUGGAAUCAAAGCUGCCACCUGGGUUUCGGUUCCAUCCAAGAGAUGAAGAACUUGUUUGUGAUUAUCUCAUCAAUAAAAUAACUCAAUCCGAUUCAACCCUAAUGAUCGAAGUUGAUCUUAACAAGUCUGAGCCUUGGGAUAUUCCAGAGAGAGCAUGUGUGGGAGGAAAAGAGUGGUAUUUUUACAGUCAAAGAGAUAGAAAAUAUGCUACUGGGCUUCGUACGAACAGGGCCACUGCAUCUGGGUAUUGGAAGGCCACUGGGAAAGACAGACCAAUCUUUGGCAAGGGCAAAGGAGUAAAAUCACAUAGUAAUAAUAAUAAUAAUGGCCUUGUUGGGAUGAGAAAGACUUUGGUGUUUUACCAAGGAAGAGCUCCAAAAGGAAAGAAAACUGAUUGGGUUAUGCAUGAGUUUAGGCUUGAAGGUCCUCUUGCUCCCAAACUCUCUUCCCUCAAGGAAGAUUGGGUAUUGUGUAGAGUAUUCUACAAAAACAGAAAUGUAUCAGCAACUUCAGCUAAACCCAAUUAUAACAUGGGAUUAGCCUACUAUGGAGAAAAAUCAGGGUCCAAUUCCAAGUCUCUCCCUCCAUUAAUGGAUGCUUACAUAAGUUUUGAGAAGCCUACUCAAAAAAUUCACUCUUCACCAGAACAAUAUGAUUAUUACAACAACUAUUACAACAACAACAACAAUAGUGGUUGUAAUGAUCAUGAUAACAAAGCUCAUAAUAAUUUUCAUGAGCAAGUGCCCUGCUUCUCCAACAAUAAUAAUAAUAUGAUCAAUUUGCCCCAAGGUAGUUGUUACCAAACCCAUGACCUAAUUUUCAAGCACAACACUACCCAAAUGGAACCAAAUUUGGGCAUAAGAAGCAGCACAAGUAGUAACAAUAAUGCUCAUGAGGCCACAGGAAGACUUGGUCAUCAUCAUGGGAAUGUGAUACCAAACAUGAUGGACACUAGUACGAGUAGUACUAGUACUAUUAUCAACAACAACCAUUGUUUGAACCCUUGUAGUGGUGUUGACCAGUCUGGUGAUAAUGAAGUGUUGAGAGCUGUUUUGGACCAGAUCACCAAGAUAGAAACCAACCCAAAUUUGGAGGAGUCACCAUUGUUAAGUUGUGGAGAAGGAAGUUCUGAGAGUUAUCUCUCUGAAGUGGCAAUGACCAUGCCCAACAUUUGGAGUCACUAUUGAUAUACUUAGUAGUACUAUAUAUAUACUAUUACUACUGCAAGUUUUCAUUAUUCUCUUCUUUGUCAAAUUUUGUUGACUAAGAUUAUUCAUGUGGCAACUCAUGGGUUCAUGGUCUUUUUUUUUCAGUGGGAUUAGGAUUAGAUAUUAUCUUGGUUGGUAAAUAUGUAUGUAAAGUUUAUAUUUAUAAUUUAUACUAUAUAUAUGUGUAUAUUUGAAUUUAUUAAUGAAGAAAAAGAAAUUACAUUUGA